GCUUUUUCCCCCUGUGUAAAAUAUUUCACGUAUAUAUGAUCAUUUUAAUGUGAAAAAUAAUUCAUUCAAACUGUAUUUUUUUAUGUGAGGUUUUAUUUAAUAGGAGAUAGAGUUAAGUCAUAAAUAUUAUUUACUGUGAACCUGACUUAGCUAAAACUGCCUCACACAUAAUGAUUAUACUCAAAGAGCAUAAUGAGAAAACAUGGCCAAACAAACCAACUAAUAAACAAAAGAAAUGGUCAAUUUAAAACUAACAGAUUGAAGAAAGAUGAUAUUUAUUUUCAUCUGACAUUCAUGUGUCAUAGCUACAAAAAAACUGAGCCUGAACUGAGAGCAUGUUUUUUUCUGUGUCAUUGGGCGUGUGAUUUUUUUUUUCUUUGUUUGUUUUGAAACGCAUGAAGGAGCUAAAAAAUAAGGUAGCUGACCUUUUUGGGUAGAUAUUGUUCUCAUGGGAAUUUCUGGAAACGUGUGGCAGAGAUUGAAAGUGAAAAUCAAAUAUCUACACCAUGGCAGUGGUAAACAACAGCGAACUUAUGUCCUGCAAUCAUGUGAUUUCUGAGAAACGUGUGGCUCAGAUUGAAAGUGAAAAUCAAAUCUCUGCAGUGAAAAACACAGUACGAGAUGUUCUUGUAUGUAUGAUCAUAAUCAUUAUGUGUGGGGGCAGAAAACAAGUUGAUAAACAGUUUUAGCUGGGUCACGUCCACAGUACAAUAAUUAUGUAAUAAUAAUUAUCUAAUAAUUAUCUUUAAAUAUUAAAGGAAAAUGACCAUGAUCUGAUGAGAAUCAUUAAUAGACCCAUUAUAUUUAUAUAUAAUCGCCGAUGACAGUGAAAGCGAAAGGAACGGAAAAUAGUCUGCUAGUAGAUGGUGCAGGGGAUUUCAGGGGAAAUCCGCUGGACCCCCCCACCCCACCCCCAGCCUCCACCUCCCUCGGCAAAGUACGGUGGAAGAUCUGCGGAUGAUCUUCUCAGACCACAUUUCUCGUCGUUUUCAGGAGCGUCUUUCAAGUGCGAAUCUGAAAACUCAAGGGGAAAUCAAAAUACAGCGACGUUAAGAUGGGCUCCAAUGUGUCGACUGAGCAGGAGUGGAGUCAGGCUGAGCCAAAGAAUCAGGCUGAGCCGAAGAGUCAGGCUGAGCCGAGGCGUCAGGCUGAGCCGAAGAGUCUGGCUGAGCUGAAGAGUCUGCUUGAGCUGCUGAGUCUGGCUGAGCUGAAGAGUCAGGCUGUGCUGAAGCGUCUGGCUGAGCUGAAGAGUCUGGCUGAGCUGAAGAGUCUGGCUGAGCUGAAGAGUCAGGCUGAGCUGAAGAGUCAGGCUGUGCUGAAGCGUCUGGCUGAGCUGAAGAGUCUGGCUGAGCUGAAGAGUCAGGCUGAGCUGAAGAGUCAGGCUGUGCUGAAGCGUCUGGCUGAGCUGAAGCGUCUGGCUGAGCUGAAGAGUCUGGCUGAGCUGAAGAGUCAGGCUGAGCUGAAGAGUCAGGCUGAGCUGAAGAGUCAGGCUGAGCAGGAGAAGUGUCAGACUGAGAAGUGUUAUGACCCUCGAGACUCGACACUUACAUUUGUGGACAGAGAGGACGAGUUCGACUUUCUGUGUGAAGGUUUCAAGUCUCGCAGAGCUCUGAUGUCCUGUGGUCACGCUGUCACUCCAAUGUCUCUGACCAAGUGGUGCCGCAGGUUACUGGAUGAGGGUAAAAGCAGAUUCACAUGUGGCCAAAGUGGUUGUGAUGUUGAGUGGCCUUACUCAGAGGUUCGUAAAAUGGCUCUUCUGACAUCUGAAGAAAUGGAGUACUUUGAAGAAACCUCGGCUUCCAAUGCUAUUAAGCAUCACUUUGAUGCCAAAUUAUGUCCUGGAUGCAGCACUUCUGUGGUGAGAAAGGAAACCUCUAAUCUGAGCGUCCGCUGCGCAGUGUGCACAGCAGACAAAGGACGGGCCUAUGAGUUCUGCUGGCAGUGUUUGAGGGAGUGGAAGGGUCCGGCUCCACGCUCAGACCGCUGUGAAAACGAUGGCUGCUGCAACGAACCACUGAAAACACUGAAAAACUGUUUAGAUAUCAUCUUUCAGUCUGUGAGAGGGGUCACUGGCUGUCCCUCCAUCCGAGCCUGUCCCACCUGUGGCUCACUGUUGGAGCAUGACAGAAUAAAAUGUAAAAAUGUUGUUUGUACCCAAUGUAGGAAGGAGUUUUGUUUUGUGUGCCUGAAGCUGUCAGUAGAGUGUUUGAAGACAAGUAGUUAUUACAUACCAUGCUCCAGUGGUGUUGCCCCCAGACAGACCUCUAUACCUGUGUGGAAGAAGGAAUAAAGUAAACAACUAUUUCUUUA